AUGUCUGGAAACGAAGUCAGUGAUCCUCGUAUCUAUGGCAUCAAAGCUAAGAUCCGUGUCGUUCCAGAUUUUCCCAAGAAAGGAAUAAUGUUCCAAGAUAUAACAACACUGCUGCUAGAUCCUAAAACCUUUAAAGACACUAUUGAUCUCUUUGUUGAGAGAUAUCGAGACAUGAACAUCUCGGUGGUUGCAGGCAUAGAGGCUCGGGGUUUCAUAUUCGGUUCACCCAUAGCAUUAGCCAUUGGAGCCAAAUUCGUUCCACUCCGUAAACCCAAGAAAUUGCCCGGCGAAGUAAUAUUUGAAGAGUAUGAGUUGGAGUAUGGUAGUGACCGGCUAGAGAUGCACGUCGAAGCUGUGGAUCCCGGCGAUCGAGCAUUAAUCGUCGAUGAUCUGAUUGCUACCGGUGGUACUCUCUGUGCCGCCAUGAGUUUGCUCGAGCGAGUUGGAGCAGAAGUUGUCGAAUGUGCAUGCGUGAUCGAGUUACCCGAAUUAAUGGGAAGGGAGCGAUUAGGGGGAAAGCCAUUGUGUGUGCUCAUUGAGUAUCGAUGA